GGAGAGGCUGAUGGGGGCUGCACAGUACAUUGGGCUAGAGAGAGAGGAGCCCAUUUUAUCCAAGUGAAUGUGUCUGUGUUUUAUCCAAUCAAGUCUCUGGAAGCCGAUUUGAAGGAGAAGGAACAGAUUCUCAAGGCGCUCACCACAACGAUGCAGAACGCUCAGGUGGAGCUUAAGAAAGAGAAAAGCAACCUGAUGGCGUUGGAGAAAAACAUUCAACAGAAAAUCUCGGCAGUUGAAUUAAAACACCAGCUCAAUAUCACUUCCUUGGCAGAUGAAAAUGCCAUUCUGAGACGCAAACUGAUCACAAAGAGCGAAGAAGCAUUUAACGAAAGAGUCCGGCGAAAGAGUCAGGUGUGAGGACUGCUCUAAUGGGAAUGUGACCUUGUUACUAAGGGAAACUUGCUGAUGAUGGUAAAUCCAAACGUAGCAAUAUGUUCAAGUUUAUUUUCCAUUUCUGUAGGCAAUGCCAAAUCUGCAGUCCCUCACUCUUCCAAAACCAUAUCAAUCAAUCAUAUCCAAGGUGUCAUGUUUUUGUCCUGUCAUUUCCUUAUUCUCUAUCCUGUAUUGCUUCAGGCCACAAGUCUGCUGCAAAUCACUGUCCUUGCUUUGUUUCCAGACAGAGAGAUGGAUGCUGGCCCCAAGUGUGUGUGCUGCACUAUGAUGCUCAGCUGAGUCUUAUCUCUGCUUAAGCUCUCUCUUACCA